GUCGGGGCGGGCGGGCGCCGCCGCCUCCCCGGCACAGCGCACAGCGACAGCAGCGCACCGCACCGGCACCGCGCCGUGCCGCGCCGGGCAUCCCUGGGGCGCGGAGAGCCGCUGGCCGCGCUAACACCGCUGCGCGCCAUGGCCGUCGCCUACCUGCUGGGCAACGGCUCCGCGCCGCUCCUCGCCGGCGCCCUGGAGGUCCCCUUCGCCGCCAACGCCUCCGCCGCCGCCUGCCGCGCCGCCGCGCCGCCCUGCGCGGCCGCUCCGCCGGGCGCCUGGGGCAACGCCUCGGCGGCGGCGGGCUGGAACCGCUCAGAGCCCUGCGGCGGAGCCAACGGCAGCGCGGGCAGCGGCGGGCCCUGCGCGCCCGCGGGCGGCGGCCCCUCCGUGGUCACGGCCAUCGCCAUCAUGGCCCUCUACUCCGUGGUCUGCGUCGUGGGGCUCUUCGGCAACUUCUUGGUCAUGUAUGUCAUCGUGAGGUACACGAAAAUGAAGACUGCCACCAAUAUCUAUAUUUUCAAUCUUGCAUUGGCAGAUGCCCUAGCAACAAGUACUCUGCCAUUCCAGAGUGUGAAUUAUUUGAUGGGAACCUGGCCAUUUGGUACCAUCCUUUGUAAGAUUGUUAUAUCCAUAGACUACUACAAUAUGUUCACGAGUAUCUUUACGCUCUGCACCAUGAGUGUGGAUCGCUACGUAGCUGUUUGCCACCCAGUUAAGGCCCUUGAUUUCCGUACCCCCAGAAAUGCCAAAAUUGUCAAUGUUUGCAACUGGAUUCUUUCUUCUGCCAUUGGCCUGCCAGUUAUGUUCAUGGCAACUACUAAAUACAGGCAUGGCUCUAUUGACUGCACACUUACGUUCUCCCACCCUGCCUGGUACUGGGAGAACCUCCUGAAAAUUUGUGUGUUCAUCUUUGCCUUCAUCAUGCCAGUCCUGAUCAUUACCGUGUGCUACGGGCUGAUGAUUUUACGCCUGAAGAGCGUUCGCAUGUUAUCUGGCUCCAAAGAGAAGGACAGGAACCUGCGGAGAAUCACGAGGAUGGUUCUUGUAGUGGUGGCGGUGUUUAUUGUCUGCUGGACUCCCAUCCACAUUUAUGUCAUCAUUAAAGCCCUGGUCAACAUCCCAGAAACUACUUUCCAGACUGUGUCCUGGCACUUCUGUAUUGCCUUAGGGUAUACAAAUAGCUGCCUUAAUCCAGUCCUUUAUGCAUUCCUAGAUGAGAAUUUCAAAAGGUGUUUCAGAGAGUUCUGCAUCCCCACUUCCUCAACCAUUGAGCAGCAAAACUCCACCCGAGUCCGACAAAACACUCGUGACCAUGCUUCCACUGCCAACACUGUGGACAGGACUAACCAUCAGAUGAGGCCUUGGAGAGCAUUUGGUAUGAACUGCAAGACUGUAUAGUACUCGGCACAGUUCACGUCAUUUUUGAAGAAACAGAUGUUCUACAAGUUGCUUUUUUGCCAAGUGAGAAUACUUUACUCCUGCUAAAGUUAAUGAGAACUGCAAGCAUGCAAUCGCUCAGCAGCUUAGGGCCUCACACUCUUAAAGAACUUAAAAAAAAGCAUUCACUAGUGGAAGGAACAACAGUGUUUUCUAUCACUGCAAAAGCAGUAACAGGAAACAUCAUAAAUACUCAUAUUAUUCUGAGUUAAGAUACUGGCCGUUUACCUACUCUAUGGAUCUUUGGCAUUACCAAAAAGAUCUAGACCAAGAGUUUGAUUAUUGCUUUAUCAGCAUUUAGAAAAAGUGGAAGAGCAGAACAAGGUCAAAACUCCUCCAGCAACGGGGCUGCUUUCUGUUGCACAGAGGAGCAUCCAAUCCGUAACACUGAUGGUGUGCGCGUUUGUAGAAAUGGUGCAUGCUCAGCGGAGCAACAUAGCUCUGAGGGAGAGAAGACAGUGACUAAUCAGACAUGCAAAAACUGGAAGAGUUGUAAGACUGAGACGUUUCACGUCUGUGGGGGGAUGUAUCCAGUAUUACACUCAACUAACUCCUGCAGUAAAAUGCAUAGGAGUUAGUUGAGCGGAUUUGUUCCAAAUUGAGCUUAAAGACUUAGCCCACUUCAAUUUUGAGGGAGGCAUAUGCAAUCUUACAAGUGCAUUUGCAUGGAGAGUUAAAACGAGAGAGAGUAGGAGUGAUGGAAUCCUGGAAAAACUGCUUGCAAAGCAAAACUGCUUACUUUGAGCUUUUCUCUGUAUGGCCCAAUAUUGGUAGGGAAUAGUAAUAACGGACCAAAUAAUCGCUUUUGCAGAUGGCUGGGAGUUUUUUAUGUCAUUGACAUUAACCUGAUUCAUAACAAAGUCGUUGGCAAGUAUGUUGAAAUAGCUCUUAUUUCAGAUGCACAGAGACUAUCUGCAUUAAUUUAUCUCUGAGAUUUAAAAAAGUUUAUUUUUUAAAAUUUAAAAUUCAUUAAUAAUGCUUUUUUUCUGAAAACUAUGUUUUCCAAAUACCUUUAUUUUUGUUAAUAUCUGUCAGUUCAUAACAAAAAAAUCUUAAAUACCUAGGAAAAUGGAUUAUUAAUAACUACUGAAAUCUGAGAAAUUUAAUUUGUUUCAGCGAGUUAGUUUCUUUGUGGCCUAUUUAAGUCUUUAUAGCAGCCGCACCUGAAUGUAUCCAAGCAACUAAGCAAAUUAUGUAUAGGCACAUUUUCAGGACUAUUUAGUCAUCCUGUGUAACUAUUUUUUGUGGUUUUAGCUUCUGAUGCUUUCUCCUUAACAACUAAAAUGUCUAAAUGCCAUAAUGGAAGCUGCAAAUCCUCCUCAUAUGCUGAAAAUGAGGCCUCAGAUAUGUUCAGUAACCAGAAGCUCUGGUAUUUGUGCUCAGCCCUGAAAGCUUUGCGCUUAUUGCUUGAAUAGGCAGCCGCAUGUAGAAAUAAAAAGGAUAUUGGAUUAAAGAAAAAUAUUUUAAGUUGAAACAAGGAAAAACUGAAAGCUAGUUUGACUUUGACUAAAUAAAUGAAGAAAAUACUUUCUUACAUUUUAAUUUUCCUAGUGCUAUGUGACAGAUUGCAAACAAAUAUAGGGAAUGCUGGUGAGUCCUACGCAGAAACAUGACAAAAGCUGGGCAGAUUCUGUAACUCCAGACCUUGGCGCAUUUACAUCUACCUGUAUUAACAGAGAAUGGCCGUUCCGUGGAUUUUUAGAAACUAGGCAUAUCUCCUUUGCACAUAAUACUGUAUUUCAAUAGUAAUUAUAAAGUAUGGAUUUCUUAUAAAGCCCAUUUCUGGCAAGAUAAUAACAUCUAUGAAAAUCAUGUCUAAAUGCAAUAGAUCUUUAAAACUGGGCUUUCUUUUGUAGCUGAUUUGCACUGACAUGGGCCCUUCAUAAAUCUUCUAGGUAGCAGAGAAAACAGAAUACAUUUGUCAGACUAUUUCAUGAAAGGAACCAAGAAUAAAUUACGCUAUCAGGACCAGAACUAAUUAGAUGGCUUCUAAGGUUGCCUGUGUUUGUGGCAUUCCUUAAACUGUGAAUUAGAAUAAAUGGGGAACAAAACAUUUCAAUUUUUUCCUUAAUAAAUCAGAAAAAGUUCAUCAGUAAAAAAAAAAAACCACAAACAAAACAACCCCCCCCCAAACCCCUUCUAUUUUAUCUAAUCCAUAAAGAUAAGUGAAUACGGACUUCAAAAUUCAUUUCUGGAUCUAGACUUCUCCAAAAGAAAGGGACAUUAACAUUUAGGAUCAGGUCAGUUUCUGGCCAAAAGGACCUGAGGAGAAAUAUUCCCAAUACAGAAUAAAGAAAAUCCCUAAAUACAGCAUGUUAAAUUUAACAAGCAUUUGAUUUAUGAUCUGGCCUUGGAGAAAUUUAUCUCCCAAUCAGAAGUGCUAACAGCCUCCUCUCUGCUGAACGUGCUCGGAAAACGAUCCAGUUACAAAAUGCACUUUCCAUCUCCCUGCCCCAAAAUCCUUACCCAUGUCCCAUGACUUUUACAGGAGCACGUUCCCCCUCUCAUCUCAAUCAGGCUUUGUCUGUGACUCUACUUUCCAUACCAUAAACCCUUUAUUUGCAGGGUCUCCCAGUGAGUUUUCAGCCAGAUCUGGUGCUGCAGGACAGCAUUUGCUGGGCAGUAAAAAGGGUCGCAGACUUUCGGGACGUGCUGUGCAGUGCGCAGAUUUUCUUGAUGAAAACAUCUGUAGUGCCCUUGUGCCUGUGCGCACACAGGACUUCACAUGGGUACUGUGGGCACACAGGGCUAGAGGCUGUUGGGUUUGCUUGCUGGUUUAAGUCCAUCUCAUACAGAAUUUAAACUAGCCUUUAAUUGCAAACCCAAAAGUUAGCCAAUGUACUGAUGUGAGCACAGAGUGCAUCGUCUAAAAUACUAACAACUCCCCUGCAAUUGCUACAGAAAGAAUACAGGGAGGGAGUGAAAUCCUUCCACGCUCAUGAAAUUCAUAGAGAGUUCCCCUCUAGAAAGAACAACUGGCUUGGUAUGAAGUAUAUUCUAAUUCAAAUUUCAGAUCCGCUAACGUUUCUUUGUCUUUGAAGGUCAGACAUGAAACUUUUCUGCGAUCGUUUCCUCUGCCUUUGUUGCUUCAUGGCAAAGGUAUAGUCUUGCCUUACUCUCUGGGCUACCUGUUUAGCUUUAUGCGGCAGGACAGUAGCUGCAAAUGAGAAAUAAAUUCCUCUUAAAAAAAAGAAAAAAACCCCACACAUGCAAACACACGCACAAACUUGUGGGUGGGAAGAAAUCCAGUAAUUGUUCAUUGCAUUUGCAAUUUCUUUCCUUUCAGUUGGAACUUCAAGAAGCUGAAACUACUCCACUGCCGUGACAGGGUCUCCUGCCGCAUAGCUCUCAAAGCAAUUGCACACCAGUGCCACAGUGCGUCUGGGCAAUAUGCUAUGGGAACGUGUAGGAUACACUUUCCCUCCACAAAAAAUACCACAGAGGAAAGUGCCUGCUUUUCCGGUCUGUCAAAAAUUGCUUCUGCAGCACUUCCACAUUGCGCAUAACAGAAGCAUGAAACUUAACAGCAAGCAGAGCCAAGAGAUACGGGGGCUUGCCAGGCUCCAGUGUUCAAAACAGUCAUGUUUACCAGGAAUACAUACAUUAGUCUAAAACUAAGCUACUGUACCUGUAGCGAUCUGACGUGCUCUUGACAAGUUACAGUGGUGUUAAACAAGUUGGAAACAAAAAUUCCAAGGCUAGACAACUAUAGUUUGAAAAAUGAAGGUGAGCUUUUAAUGAUGGGAAAUAAUAGGAAAUGAAGUCAUAAAACUGUUGGGUAAUCGAUUUACUCUUAAAAUUUAUUUGUAGAGGUGUUUUCUGUGUAGGUUGUUUGUGUGCUGAAGUCUCACAAAAUCAUUUAGAACAACAUAUUUGCAGUUCAAGAGGUCUUCUCUUACAAGGAUUGCAUGAUCCACAGUUUCAAAGGGAAAAUAUUUCUUUCAGCGUUCACUUAACAAAAACCAAAACUUUAAGCUUCACCUUCUGCUUCUGUUUCUCACAUUAAAAAGACUUUAAAAUCAAAACAAUGAGCUAUCACUUCUUCUAAGAGAGACGAGUAAAUAAAAGUAUUCCAUGUUGUAACUGAUUGUCAAAUGAUUCCCAAAACAGCAUAGACUCUAUUAACAUAAAUUCCUAUGUGAAUAGAAAUCUACCUAUAAGCCUGUCAGAGCUAUCACAGGCUGAUGAUGACUUCUCUUUCAAGUACUUUCUCAAAUUUCAGCUGCCCUGUCAGCAGCAUUCUGAAUUUGCAAGUCAUCGACAGUCCUUAUGUGAAGUGCUUGGAGAGGUUAAUGCAUUAGACUUUUUUUUUUUAAAAAAAAAGUUUUCCUAGACAUCUAUUUUUUCUUAACCAAACCCAUGAUGCGUUUGCUUUUCUAACUAACGUAAUACAGUGUGCAUCUCCAUUUUGUAUUAGCUGCUAAAACAAAUUAAGAUUUAUGAAAGAAACAUUGUACUGAAGUAAAUGCCACCUUAGUUGUUUUCUAGUAUGAAAAAUAGAAAUGUCCAUGUAGAUAAUUUGUGGUGCCAUGAUAUUUUCUAGCCAUUGUUUGUUACUUGCUUUGUAAAUAAAUCAUCAGUAGAUAACCAAGGAAAAAUCUACUUUGACGAAUUUAAGUGUAUUCUACAAUACAACUCUAUGGAACAGGGUGGGGUUUUAUUUUUAUUUCUGCAGCCAAAAUGUAUUUCUUAUUUUCACUGUUAAAAUCUAUGUAACAAUAUGCUUUUAAUGUGAAAUUGUUUGUUUCUGCCAUGGACUGCAUAAUAAAGGUUGAAGGCCAAAUCUUUACAAGUUGUAAAUUAAAGUAAUAUUUGAGUUUCAUCACUGUGUUGCAGCUAAAUAUGUAGCCCUAUAGAUCGGCAAAAUAAGAAACUAGAUAUAGCAGAAGUGCCUUUUUUUUUUCCCCCUUUUCUGUUGAAAAUUCCACUGUGCUGUCAUAGGGACUUGAUACUUAAUUUUGUAUCAGUUUAGAAGGAUCUCCUCAUAGUGAUCAUUAAAGUUUAAACCAGAGUCGACACCAUUCUAAGAGGUUUUGCAUCUACUUUUUAAACAGCAUAAAAUAGGCACUCAGAAGAAUUUGACAUAUUGUUUUGCACUACACAGCAGUAUUAUUUAGAUAACAAGAAAAACAUAGAAUACUCCAGAAAGGCAAACAGAUUAACAUCAUACAAUAUCACUAUUAUCUGACGAGUUCCGAGUAGUCUGCUACGCUCACAUACGGCAACCUCCCAAAACUGAAAUACAUUGAAUGACUGUUUGAAAAGUCUUAACCGAUAGAUCAGAAAUAUGUUUAAUUAAACUUAAAAUCAUAGUUUCAUGACUAGUCAAAAGUUCAUCAGCUUUUACAGAAUUUACAUAAUGAAUUGAAACCAUUAUUUCUUCUGUGCUUAGAAUGGAGUGAAGCUUAUAGGCAAAACACUAUCACUUGCCAACAGACGGCCUAAUAUUUUUAAAGCUAUUUUUGGUUUCUACAGUCCAAUAAUUAAUUGAGCAACCUGACUGUAAAUAUUUUUAGCAGUAGUAAUGUUGUUGUAGCCUUGAUGGUCUAAGGAUAUGAGGAAGCAAAUUUUAUUAGCAGAGCAUUAGCAAAAAUAAGUAAAAUGUCUUGUUUUUUCCAGAAGACUUGAAUGUUCAUUGGUAGUGCUUUUCAGCAAAUAGCGUAUUAUUACACAAUUCCUGUAUCUGCAUUGUAAACUUUAAUAAAAAUGUUUAUGUUUCUUGUAUAUUUGCAAUAUACUGUAUUCAAAUACACAUUGGUAACAUGUUAUGCCAUACAUUAAUAGCUUAGCUUGAAAAAAUGGGUUUGCAGAUUAAUUACCUGACUGCUUUAAAGAAUAUGUUGUAUUUUUUAUUUAAAAAAGGGGAAAUCCCAAUAAUUCAUUAUUUUAAUAAUAAUAAUAAUUAAAAAGCAUAUGGGCAGAAUUCGGUUUUGAUCCAAACGGCACGCGCCCCUCCUGUGCUGAGGACUCGCUGUGGGGGCUCAGCUCCAGGAGCCAGCCAGCGCGGGAGCCUGUCUCUGGCACAAAAAGACAGGGUGAGCAGCGGGAAACUUUCCAGCUUCUGGCAGACAGAGGCUUCCCAGGCUCUUUCCUAUUAAAUUAAACAGCCUGGGCACAUGCCCAGGCACUGGAACCAGGUUGCCUGUACCGCUAAAUCCGGAGGCAGGGUAGAGCCUGGUGCUGCCGCCUGGCUCCCCGCUGACCUGCAUGCUCCUGACAAUUUUGGAGGCUAAAAGAAUUUACUAGC